UUGCUGUCAUUUCUAACUAACUAUACAGUUAUUACCAAGCAUGAAUAUAAUGUUAACAAUAUGACACCUGUUCAUUUGUAGGCAAAUUUCAUGAAAGAGAGGAGCAUGCUUUGCCUAAUAGAGGAAAUGCCGUAAAGACCCACAUAAAAGAAGAAUCAGCAUCCCUAGAUGACACCCCAAAAGUGGAUGAUGACCCUGACAAUGACUUCCGAGUAGUGACUCUAAAUGACACAGGAGGGGGCAGGAACUGGAGCGAUUAUGAAGUUCAGUCUCUGCUGCACAUCUGGUCCGAUGAGAAGAUAUCCCGUCGGCUGGAUGGUACCUUCAGGAACAAACAAGUCUUUGAGGAGAUCUCACUCAGAUUGAUGGAGUUUGGGAUCAACAGAGACUGGAAGCAGUGCAGAAGAAAGUACAAGAACCUAAAAUACGAAUAUCAUUGCAUUCAAAAAGACGAAAAUAAUGAAAACCAACGUACAAUGAGGCAGACGGUAAAAUUCUUCAAUCAGAUUGAUCACAUAUUGCGACAUCUUCAAAAAGUUCCAGCACAGGCUGUUGAAGAUGAACCAUGUAGUAGUGUCCCAAACCAAGCAAUCUGCCAAGAGGAGUUCAGAACAGUUAGUGGAGCACAGAACCUCUCAGAAGAAGAAAAUUUAGUGAAACUCAGUAAUCAAGCAUUAUCUGCGCAACUAAAGCGAAAAACCUCCCCCAAUGAACUUCAUUGUCCAGAUCAAAAGAAGUAUGCAUGGAUUCACACUCCAACAAAACAGUCAUAUCAGGAUUCUGCUGUUAACACAUGUGAAAUUCCUUCAGUAGUAAAACUGAUCAGUUCUCCUCAGAGUCAUGACAGUCCUUGGAAGCCUCAGCCAACAGACGGAGUAUUAGGACAGCCAAGUGUAAAUGACCAGGGAGAAGUGUGUGCUUGGAUCAAGAUGGAAGCGGGCUCCGAACUGAGACUUGGCAGGAAGAUCAAUGAGGGCAAAACUAAAGAAGUGUACGAGCUGCCUGAUCACCCUGGAUGUGUUCUCAUGCAGUCCAAGGAUCAGAUCACAGCAGGGAAUGCAGCCAGGAAGGAUCACAUGGAGGGAAAAGCCUCCAUCUCUAAUAAGACCACCAGCUGUGUCUUCAAACUGCUUCAAGAAGCGGGUAUCAAGACUGCAUUUGUCAAGAAGUGUAGUGAGACAGGAUUCAUUGCCACCCAUUGUGAGAUGAUUCCUAUCGAGUGGGUAUGCAGGAGAAUAGCCACUGGCUCCUUCCUCAAGAGAAAUCCUGGAGUCAAAGAAGGAUACAAGUUUUAUCCUCCCAAAGUAGAGAUGUUCUUCAAGGAUGAUGCCAAUAAUGACCCUCAGUGGUCUGAAGAGCAGCUAAUUGCUGCAAAGCUUACUUGUGCUGGCCUUGUGACUGGUCAGGCGGAGGUGGACAUCAUGAAGCAUUCUACAGUGGCUAUCUUUGAGAUUCUAGAGAAAGCAUGGUCUAUACAGGACUGUACACUGGUGGAUAUGAAGAUUGAAUUUGGAGUUGAUGUGACCAAAAAGGAGAUUGUUCUUGCUGAUGUGAUUGACAAUGAUUCCUGGCGUCUGUGGCCUUCAGGAGAUAAGAGCCAACAGAAAGAUAAACAGACUUACCGGGAUCUAAAAGAAAUCACCCCAGAAGCGAUGCAGAUGGUGAAACGCAACUUCGAGUGGGUUGCUGAGAGGGUUCAGCUCAUACUGACCAGUGUGAGCCAAGGAAGGGUGGUGGUUCUGAUGGGCUCCAUUUCUGACUUGGUGCAUUGUGAGAAAAUCAAGAAAUCCUGUGCAAACUACGGCAUUCCAUGUGAGCUCAGGGUGACAUCUGCCCACAAGGGUCCUGAUGAGACUUUGAGGAUCAAGUCUGAGUAUGAAGGUGAUGGUAUUCCCACGGUGUUUGUUGCAGUUGCUGGCAGAAGCAACGGUUUGGGUCCUGUUCUUUCUGGAAACACUGCAUAUCCUGUAAUUAACUGCCCCCCUCUUGCGGCAGACUGGGGAGCUCAAGAUAUUUGGUCUUCCCUGAGGAUGCCCAGUGGUCUUGGAUGUUCUACGGUUCUGUCACCUGAGGCAGCAGCUCAGUUUGCCGCUCAGAUAUUUGGUUUGAACAAUCACUUGAUAUGGUCCAAGCUACGUUCCUGCACCUUGAACACCUGGAUUUCUCUCAAACAAGCAGAUGUUAAGUUGAGAGAGUGCAGCAUGUGA